AUGCUAACCAGAAUAAAGAGGUUCCCACUACACCUCGUGCGCUACCUCGUUGCCGAAUGCAACGGGAUGGUCCUCAUGAUGCUGCUCGCCCUGAUCAUAACCAUCAUCGUAGUCAUCACCUCAUCUGCAGGUGACACAUACGAUCCAAAACUUCGUAUCAUUCCCUACUCCUCACAGAAUCUCGACUCUCAACUAGAUUCAGUUUUUGUGCAAGGUUGUGCGGACCCCAUGGUGUCCCUGGAGAAAGGUGGUGAGAGAAUGAAUGCCACUUUUGUCAUGUUGACGAGGAACGAAGAGUUGAAAUCUGUGGUCAACACGAUUAAAUCUAUAGAAUCGCAUUUUAACCAAUGGUUCCACUACCCAUACGUGUUUCUCAAUAACGAACCCUUUACGGAGGAGUUCCAAACGGAAGUAUCUCGUUGGAUUACCACGGAUGAUGUAGAGUUUGGCACGUUGAAUGAAAUCGAAUGGGAGUUCCCGCAGGAGGUCACGGAGAGACCGGAAUUCCAACAGUUCAUCCAUGAUCAGGGAGAUCGUGGGAUUCUGUACGGGAACAUGGAAUCGUAUCAUCGAAUGUGUAGGUUCUACUCGGGGAUCUUUUAUAAACAUCCACUUUUGCAAAAGAGAGAAUGGUACUGGAGAUUGGAACCCGAUGUGGAAUUCUUUUGCGAUUUGACUUAUGACCCGUUUAGGGAGAUGAGUGAGAAGGGGAAACGGUAUGGGUUCACUGUGUUUAUACCGGAAUUGUAUUGGACUGUACCCAAUUUGUGUAGAUCUGUUAAAUCUUUUAUCAGAGAGAAGAAAGUUGAGGUAAAAUCUGUGUGGAAAUUGUUUACCACAAAUUAUAAUGUGAUGGAUCCAGAACAGACACCGGAAGAAUUGAAUCAAUGGAUAAAUUUUGAAGAACAGGUGGAGGGCAAGAUAUUAGAAAAAGUGGGGAUCGAUUUUUUGCUGGAGAAUGAAGAACAUGACAAUGAAAAAAGUUGGAAAUUGUUAAUUGAUAAAGCUAAAUCCAAGAAACCCCUAGUGGAGGAUAAAUUUGAUAAUGAAGAAUAUAAUCUUUGUCAUUUUUGGUCCAAUUUUGAAAUUGCUAGAAUUGACACCUUUGACAAUGAGAUUUAUAAUAGUUUUUUCCAAUAUUUGGAAUCAUCGGGGGGAUUUUGGAAAGAAAGAUGGGGGGAUGCUCCUGUUCAUUCAUUUGGACUUUCCCUGGUGUUGAAUUUAGAUGAAGUUCAUUAUUUUAGAGAUAUUGGUUAUAGACAUUCACAAGUGUAUCAUUGUCCCAAGAAUUCAAGAAACCAAUUGCCCUAUAAGCAAGGUGAUAACGAUAUUUAUAAACGGAAAAGAAGAACAUCUUAUGAUUCGGAAUGGGAUAAUGGCACUGGAUGCAGAUGUAAAUGUCCCGAUAAUAAGAGAGAAUUGGAAGAUACCACCCACCAUUGCUUUGAUUUAUGGUUAGAAUUAACCCAUGAAUUAGAUAACAGAAAACUGGUCAAUUUCAAAAGUUUAGAAACUCAAAUUAAACAUGAUUUUAUAAAUCAAUUGAAGGAGAUGGACCAGCAAGCCGUGGAAUCACAAACAUAA